AUGAGCGGGGACAUGCGGGCCUUGCUGUGCCUCUGGCUGGUGGCCCAGGUGGCCCAGGUGGCCCGGGUGGCCCUGUCCUCGCGGGUCCGCGCCCGCCGGGAGCUGGGUCCCGGUUUGUACCAGCACGGCGUCUACGACGCGGGCGGCUCCUACUGCCAGCGCGGGGACGUGUGCUGCCACGGCCGCGACGACGGCUGCACCGUGCCCUACCACGACACCCUCUGCUACUGCGACCUCUUCUGCAACCGCACCGUGUCCGACUGCUGCCCCGACUUCUGGGAGUACUGCCUGGGAAUUCCAGCCCCUUUCCCCAAAGCCCCCGGCUGUGCCCGUGCCGGACACAAUUAUCCCACGGGAGCCACGUACCGGGAGAACUGCAACCUGUGCACCUGCGGGCCCGGCGGGCAGUGGCAGUGCGAGGACCACGCCUGCCUGAUGGAUGGGGAGCUCAUCGAUGCCGUCAACCGGGGCAAUUACGGCUGGAGAGCCGCCAACUACAGCCAGUUCUGGGGGAUGACCCUGGAGGACGGGAUCCGGCACCGCCUGGGCACCUUCCGUCCCUCUCCCACCGUCAUGAACAUGAACGAGAUGCACAUGAACAUGGACUCCAACGAGGUGCUGCCGCGUCACUUCGACGCUGCUGAGAAGUGGCCCGGGAUGAUCCACGAGCCCCUGGACCAGGGGAACUGCGCCGGCUCCUGGGCCUUCUCCACGGCUGCCGUGGCCUCGGACCGCAUCUCCAUCCACUCCAUGGGCCACAUGACCCCCGCGCUGUCCCCCCAAAAUCUCCUGUCCUGUGACACCCGAAACCAGCGCGGCUGCAGCGGGGGGCGCCUGGACGGAGCCUGGUGGUACCUGCGCAGGAGGGGGGUGGUGACAGACGAGUGCUACCCGUUCACGAGCCAGCAGAGCCAGCCCGCGGCGCCGCCCUGCAUGAUGCACAGCCGCUCCACGGGCCGGGGCAAGCGACAGGCGACAGCGCGCUGCCCCAACCCCCGCACCCACUCCAACGAGAUCUACCAGUCCACCCCCGCCUACCGCCUCUCCUCCAGCGAGAAGGAGAUCAUGAAGGAGCUGCUGGAGAACGGCCCCGUGCAAGCCAUCCUGGAGGUGCACGAGGAUUUCUUCAUGUACAAGAGCGGGAUCUAUCGGCACACGCCCGUGGCCGAGGGGAAGGGGCCGAAGCACCAGAGGCACGGGACCCACUCGGUGAAAAUCACUGGGUGGGGAGAGGAGCAGCUCCCUGAUGGCCAGACCCAAAAAUACUGGACGGCGGCCAACUCGUGGGGCACGGCGUGGGGCGAGGGCGGCCACUUUCGCAUCGCCCGCGGCGUCAACGAGUGCGAGGUGGAGACUUUCGUGGUGGGGGUUUGGGGCCGCGUCAGCAUGGAGGACAUGCCCCACAAGUGAGCCCCCCCCGUCCCGAUGUCCCCAGCGCGGCCCCGCCCAGCUCACAGCACGCUGGGCUGUCCCCCGUGUCCCCUGGAGGGGGCUGCGUGUCCCCCGUGUCCCCUGGAGGAGGCUGGCGCUGUCCCCUGGAGGGGCUGGCACUGUCCCCUGUGUCCCCUGGAGGGGGCUGGCGCUGUCCCUGUCCCCUGGAGGGGGCUGGCGCUGUCCCCUGGAGGGGCUGGCGCUGUCCCCUGGAGGGGCUGGCGCUGUCCCCCGUGUCCCCUGGAGGGGCUGCGUGUCCCCGUCGUGCUGACACAGCGGCUGGGGGCAGUGGGGCGUGCGAGGGGGGUGCCCCGGGGGCUGCUCCCGUCUCCCAUGGGAUUUGCCCGCUAAUCCCCCCUGCCCCGGGGCUCGGCUGGGCUGCGGUGGUGGCCGGGGGCUCUUCAAAGGCAGCUGCACCCCCCUCCCCAAUCCCGGCUGUGGGAUUUCCCCCCCUUUUCCCUCCCAUAUUCCUGCCCUUCCCAUCCUGGCCCCAGCAGCUCCCCCCAGCAGGGCAGCGCUGGAGUUUGGGGGUGAAAUAACCCCGUGGCGGGGGUCCCCUGAGCCCCCAGGGCUGGGUGUCGCCAGGAUGGGGUCCCCACCGUCCCCCCCAGCCCGUCCCUAUGGUGCUAUGGCCCUGCCACCCCCCUGGGGGACAGCAGGGACAAGGGAGGGCUCAGCCCCGUGCUGUCCCCGUGUCCUGGGGGGGCACAAAUGGGGUCCACGCAGCCAGCACAGCCCCCUCCCUCCCAACCCAAGGGCUGUACUUUUAAGACAAUUUUUUUUGUAUUUAUUUUGCUUUUUAUUGUUUGUAAAUAAAGUUAUGGAAGCCUCAGA